GCCGCCUCCCAGCCCGCGUUUCGCGAGAGGGAGAGAGGAAGGAGGCAUCGAGGGUCGAGUGAGAGUGCGACUAUCGCUUCGUCUCCUCGAAGCCGUCUCGGUCAUUUGUCACCUGGCGGACAAAGGCGCGGGCAGCCUCGCCAUUGCCCAGCAACUCAGCAUCGACAGGCAAAGCAUCGCUGAUCGAGUCUCUACGCACCUGGCCACGAUGCCCGCCGCUUUUGCUAAUCAGAGGUUGGGCGCUCGUUCGUCGUGGCUGCCGCCGUCCUCGCUACGCCGUCCCCGCCACGAUUGGCAUAUACCCAAGAGAGGAGAUCAACUCUUCUUGACCUCUUACUAGUCCAUACCCAUCAUGGCAAAGGGAGUCUCCAAAAUCUUUGAUACCAUCAAGCGCAAGGCGCCCACGGCGCCCGACGGCCGCUACGACGCCGAGGCCGCAAGCAGCCCCGCCGAGGCAAAGGAGACGUCUGUCCUCCACGAUCUCUUCCACCUCAAGGGCAAAGACGCCGUCACCUUGGCUAAAGCUCUCGAGGGCAUUGCCUCGGGAGAGCCCCUCGAUGAUCGAGACUUGCUGCUCGAGCGAGCUGUAGAGAUGCUGCAGACACUGCCCGCUAACAGCGGCUUGUCACACUCUGUCAGCGACGCCUUCAUCGGAACACUCUUCAACGAGAUGCCUCAUCCUCCUCAAUCGACCAUCGAGCCUCGAUCUCGCUACCGCACCGCUGACGGGAGCGGCAACAAUCCGUACAACCCGGACUUGGGCAAGGCAGGCUCGCCUUACGGUCGCACUGUUCCACCUCUCAAGCCGAAAUCUCCGUUCCAACCAGACAACGCGCUGAUCUUCGAUACACUCUUCAAGCGCGGCAAGGAGUUCAAGGAGCACGAGGGUGGUCUGAGCUCCCUCUUCACCGCAUUCGCCACCAUCGUCAUUCACAACUGCUUCGAGACCGACCGCGCUCAGCCGUGGAUCAACAACACGAGCUCCUACGUCGAUCUGGGCCCCCUCUAUGGCAACAAUCAAGAGCAGCAAGACAGCGUGCGCACUCGCGUGCAGGGACGCAUCCAUCCAGACUGCUUGGCUUCUGCUCGUAUCUUCAUGAUGCCCCCUGCCGUCAUCGCUGUCACUCUCCUCUUCUCUCGCCACCACAACUACCUCGCCGAGCGUCUCUUCGAGGUCAAUGAGCGUGGCACCUACAAGGCGUGGGAAGAUCUCGGAGAGGCCGGGCGCAAGGCACAAGAUGAGGACAUCUUCCAGCUAGCCCGUAACAUCAACAUCGCCUUCUUCGCCAAGGUCGUUCUGACCGACUACGUCUCGGCGAUCCUUGGAACUGUUCGUGCAGACUCUGAAUGGCAUCUCGAGCUCGGCAAAGAGAUCAAGGAUCGAGCUGGAGCGAGGAUUGAGCGUGGAACGGGCAAUAAUGUAAGCGCAGAGUUUGCGGUGCUCUACCACUGGCAUUCUCUUCUCUCUGCGGCGGACGUCGAGUGGCUGGACGAGACAGCGAACAAGGCUCAUCCUGGCAAGAAGAUGAGCGAGCUAGGCCCAAAGGAGUUCAUGGUGAUGGCUCAUGCUCAUGCCGAGACAUUCAAGGCGCUACCGCCCAAGCAAUGGACCUUUGGCGGGCUCAGCCGCAAGGAGGACGGAUACUUCGAGGACGCUGCGCUGGCUAGCUUGAUCAAAAACGCCAUCGAGCAGCCUGCUCACGCCUUUGGAGCUCGUACCAUUCCAGAGGCCAUGAAGAUCGUCGAGUGCAUGAGCAUGGCCCAAGCCCGUGACACUUUUGGAGUCUGUACGAUGAACGAGUUCAGGGAGUACUUCAACCUCAAGCCCUUUGCGUCCUUCCUCGAGUGGAAUUCUGAUCCUGAGAUUGCUGCGGUCGCCGAGCGUCUCUAUGGCCACAUCGACAACCUCGAAUUGUAUCCUGGUCUACGAGCCGAGGAGGUCAAGCCCAAUAUGCCCGGUUCAGGUGUACAGCCCGGCCAUACUAUCGGGCGGGCCAUCCUCGAUGAUGCAGUAGCUCUCAUUCGCAGCGAUCGCUUCCUGACGCUCGAUCUCAAUGCCUCUACGCUCACAAACUGGGGUAUGGCUCAGAUAGCACCGGCCCCGGGAGCGUACGGCGGCUUCCUGAGCCACAUCUUGUACCGCGCUCUGCCGCGCAGCUGGGGCCGCUAUUCUACGUACAACCACCUGCCCUUCUACACUCCCAAGUCGAUUGCUUCCGUCCUCAAGCGCAACGGCAAGAAGCACCUGUACGAUCUCGAGCGACCCAUCGAUGUCGACAAGCUUCACGGCGUGCAUUCGUACGAGGCCUGCAAGAAGAUCUUCUCAGACCGCGAGACGUUCAGAAACAUCUAUCACAGCAACCUCGACAUUCUCACCGACAAGGGUGGCUUCAUGAUCGGCUUCGACGACCACCCUACGCAUGACCGUAUGUCCGGCUUCAUGCACGAAGCCUUCUUCGAGCCAGGCUUCGAGAAGAAUGUGCGCAGGGACUACCGCAAGAUGACGAUCACGCACAUCGAGAACGGCACGCUCGAGUAUGGCGACGGGCGUAAGCAGCUCAAUGUCACGCGCGACGUCUUCAACCGUGUGCCCGUCAUCUGGCUCGCCGACCGCUACGCCAUCCCGCUCAAGACGGCCGAGCACUCACACGGCCUCCUGACCGUCUUCCAGCUUCAGGCCGCACUGACUGCCCUCUUCAUCUACUCGAGCUUCGACGUCAUCCCUCACGCCAGCUGGAUCCUUCGCCAGGCGGCGCUGGAGCUGGGCCCGCUCAUGCGCAAGGUCCUCGCAGCACGCGUUCAGACCAACUACGGUAUCCGCGAGAAGAUGCACGAUCUCGUCGCCAAGGGGUCUGCUUUCGAGGUUUCCGAGGCGGCAGACCACCUCUACCACAAGAUUCACGAAAAGAAGAUUCCCCUCGACGAGGCCGUAGGCAACCUCCUCGGCACUAUGAUCCCCAUCGCCGGCAACAUCACGCAGCAGUCGACACUGAUCCUCGACCUGCUCCUCACGCCGGGCUACGAGUACGCAAAGGAGCGCUGCAUCGAGCUGAGCAAGCGCGACGAUGCCGAGGCGGAGAAGGAGUUUGAGAUGUGGGUCUGGGAGGCUAUGCGCGUCAGUGGCGUGGUACCUGGACUGCCCCGCGUCGCUGCCAAGGACGUUGACAUCGAUGAUGGGGAGCGCGGCAAAAUUCACGUCAAGGCUGGUGAGCGAUUGGUGAUCGCUUCAUCACACGCCCAUCUUGAUGAGAAUUUCUUCCCCAACCCUCGCAAGCUCGACCCGACUCGUGACCCUAAGCUUUACAUCCUCCUCGGUCACGGUAUUCACUUCUGCUUCGGCGCCCGCCUCGUCGCUCCUUCAAUCGUCUCGAUGCUGCGCGAGAUCCUCGUCUUGCCCAAGAUCCGUCGUGCCCCUGGCCGAUCGGGCGAGCUCAUCCGCCUUCCCGAGCAGCUCGGCCACAAGGGCGAUGCCUGCACGAUCCAGACGUACCUGGACGCCUCGUGCAAGGAGAGCCCCGUUCCUUCGAGCUUCGUCAUCGAGUACGGGCCAUGAGCGGGCGAGCAAGUGUGCGCGUGUCGAGCAGCCGCGUCGUCUACUUCAAAUUUGCUCGUCGAGAUCAACACCACCACCCAAGCCUUGUCCACUCUGCUCUUUCUCUUUCCCUUUCGAUCCUUUCAAUUCAUUCACCAUCAAAUGGUAC